AUGGCUCGUAUGACACGUUCCGCCACUGCGCGGGAGACAGCGCUACUUGCUGCUCAGAUGCAGCAGAACGAGGCCCAGCCAUCCAAGGUAUCAGACUCGGAUGCUGCAGCCUUCAAAGACUCGGCCAGAAGAGCAACCGCCGCUACAUCUGCGAGUCACACUCGACCCACGAAGCGCAACGGGCCAGUUGGUGAACCUGUCUCCAAGAGGACAAAGACGAACCGCAGAAAUGCACAAAAUAAUGAUGCCCAAGAACUUCCUCACAAUUUAGGUUCGGCUACUCUGCUACCCGAGCUGCAAGAUAAGAGCGCUCCAAUUAAGCUAGACACCCGCGACACCCCUAUAAAGAAAGAAGAGAUAGAUGCAAUUUCCAACACCCUGCAGAACACUGUCGACAAGGCCACAAAAGCGGCCUCGGGGUCCAGUGAAAAGGAGAAGAGAUCCAAAAAGACUAAUACAUAUGGCCUCACACCUGGAAUUACCCCAUUCCCAGACUGGGCUCGUCCCACCCCUGAAGAAUGUGAAGAAGUCAAUCGGUUACUCUCGACCGUACACGGAGAGAUUGUUGCACCUACCACUAUUCCGGAGCCAUCGCUCACUGUUACCGGCUGUGGCGAGGUUCCUUCGGUCCUUGAUGCUCUCAUCCGCACGUUGCUCAGCGGAGCAACAACAGGAAACAACUCUGCCAUGGCAUUCAACGGUCUUGUGCAGAGAUUUGGUAUCCUGAAAGAGGGUAUCGGUAAAGGAAGCGUGGAUUGGGAUGCUGUCCGUCAGGCGCCACUCAAGGAUGUCUUUGAAGCCAUCAAACGUGGCGGCUUAGCGGAUAUCAAGAGCAAGAAGAUCAAGGCUAUACUAGACAUGGUCUACGAAGAGAAUCAGCAGCGCAGAGACAUGCUGCUGAAGGGUUCCCGGGACGCACCACAGGAUCUGAUCAAGAAGUCCGAAGGUGGCAAGCAAUAUGAAAUUGCAUGCGCGGACCAGCACUUCCUAUCCCUGAACCAUCUUCACAGCCUUGCCACAGAGGACGCCAUGGUGGAGUUGGUUAAAUACCCGGGUAUAGGCCCGAAGACGGCUGCUUGUGUGUUGCUCUUUUGCUUGCAGCGCCCUUGCUUUGCAGUUGAUACUCACAUCUUCCGUAUAUGCAAGUGGUUGGGCUGGGUGCCUUCGGACAAAGCAACGGAGAUUACGGCGUUCAGCCAUCUUGAAGUGCGCAUUCCUGAUCAUUUGAAGUAUUCCCUUCAUCAGCUCCUCAUCCGUCAUGGUAAGUCUUGUCCACGGUGUCGGGCAAUUACUGGGCAGUCAUCUGCCGGAUGGGAGGAGGGCUGUGUGAUUGAUCAUCUGGUAAAAAGGACGGGAAAGAGGAAGGGAGGUGGCACAGAAUCAGUGACGGAGGAUGCCAAAUCCAAUGGGCGGAAACGCCGUGCUUAA